AUUACGAUUCUCUCCGAAAACAAGGCCCACCAUUUCACCCAAAAUUCACUCCAAUAUUUAAACAAAUGGCCGGCCCAACUAUCAUCUCAGCCCAAUAAAACGCUAACCCCACUUCAAAAACUACAAAAGUUCCCGUGCACACACAGUCUCCCACUUCUCUCAAAACACACGCGUUAACCCUCUCUCUGUAAUGGAGUCGUCGUUGCCAGACGACCUCGCCGACGAUCUACAGAGCCUGAGCUUUACCUCUACUGCGACAACUACAACCACAUUCCAACGCAGCACGAGUUCCGGUUCCUCAUCAGCCACUCUCACGCCGGCCCCGUCCACUCACGGCUCCUUCUCAUCCAAGGUCCGAUCCAACAUCUCCCUCGCCGACAUCCGCUUGUCCCUCCGGCUUGGUGCUGGCGACAUUGGCUCCGUAUAUCUCGCCGAGCAUAAGAACCCCACGGAUGCCGGUAACUGCGCUCUCUUUGCAGCCAAGGUCAUGGACAAGAAGGAGCUGAUCUCCAGAAGUAAGGAAGGGAGGGCUCGGACGGAGAGGGAAAUACUCGAAUUGUUGGGCCAUCCUUUCUUGCCUACACUCUAUGCGAGUAUAGACUCGCCCCGGUGGCUCUGCCUAUUGACUGAGUUUUGUCCCGGCGGUGACCUCCACGUCCUCCGUCAACGCCAGCCCAAUAAACGGUUCGACGAAGCCGCCGUCAGGUUCUAUGCAUCAGAAGUGGUGGUAGCUCUAGAGUAUCUUCACAUGAUGGGUAUUGUUUACCGCGAUUUAAAGCCUGAAAACGUGCUUGUUAGAUCAGAUGGCCACAUCAUGCUCACAGAUUUUGACCUUUCCUUAAAAUGUGAUGAUUCUACAUCGACUCCUCAGAUUUUUUCUGAUUCCAACACACCUAUUUUUGCCGCACAAACUGAGUACCAGGUUGAGCAUCGUCCAUUCACCUCAUCUUCAUGCAUCAUUCCCAAGUGUAUAAUCCCUGCAGUGUCGUGUUUCAACCCAAAACGCAAAAGUAAAAGGAAGACAGGUCAUCGUGCUGGGCCUGAGUUUGUGGCCGAGCCGAUUGAUGUCAGGUCCAUGUCAUUUGUAGGUACACACGAGUACUUGGCACCGGAGAUUGUGUCUGGCGAAGGCCAUGGGAGUCCAGUGGACUGGUGGACUCUUGGGAUAUUUAUGUUUGAACUAUUUUAUGGGGUUACACCCUUCAGGGGUGUGGACCAUGAACUAACCCUAGCUAAUAUAGUGGCUCGAGCCCUCGAGUUCCCCAAGGAACCGGUCUUGCCAAAUACCGCCAAGGACCUAAUCUGUCAACUGUUGGCCAAGGACCCAUGUAGACGAAUGGGGUCAACAAUGGGCGCGUCAGCAAUCAAGCACCACUCUUUCUUCCAAGGGGUCAAUUGGGCAUUGUUGAGAUGUACUCCCCCACCCUAUAUUCCCCCGCCGUUUAGUAGGGAAGUUGUAUUAGAUGAAAGUUGUCCUGAAACUCCCAUGGAUUAUUACUAGUAAGUUGGAAUGAAAUGUUAAUAAGACAUUACGCAAGAGUUCAUAGUCCUGUCUUUUUUGUAUAUCGUAGUGAUGUUGGUAACGUAGAAUGCAUAAAUAAUAGGUAGGGGAGGAUUCCAUUGCUCUUA